UUGCGGCCAUUUCCAUCCAUUUCCUACUCAGACUAAAGGCUGGGUACACCCCGGACCAGUUGCCACCUCAUCACAGGGCCAACACAAAUAGACAGACAACAUUCACACACUAGGGCCAAUUUAGUGUUGCCAAUCAACCAAUCCCCAAGUGCAUGUCUUUAAGGGUGGGAGGAAGCCGGAGUACCCGGAGGGAACCCACGUAGUCAUGGAAAGAACAUGGAAACAGAAAGACCGUAAGGCCGGAAAACCAGGAGCUUCUCGCUGUGAGGCAUGAGCCCUAACCACUUCCACGUUUGCUCCAGGCCAGGGUCCCAAAGAUAAUGUUGGAAUUCAUGAGAGGAUUGCAGUGCCUGGGUUCCUUCCUGUCACCUGACUCCAUCACUUCCCAUGUUUGGUUUCCUGCAUCGACCUCGAAGGAGAGACACGGACCUUGAGAAUCAUUUGCCAUCUGUUUAAUAGUUUUGGAGUAACAGCUGCAGGCUCCGCAAAACUUGGAAAAUGACUCCCACUGAAUCUUCUCAAAAGGCAUGUUGCAAGGGCUCAAGUCGAACAUAUUGAAGGAAGGCACACGUGAGAAGAUUUGAAAAUGCAGAGGGAAAGAAACUAAAAGAAGGAUGAAAAGCGACAUGAUGGCGUGGGCCUCUUGGAUUGGGAGCAGUGAGGGGAUACGUGCCAGAUAAAGCACACAAAUGAGGAAACUGGAUGUGUUGUAUUGAAGAAGAAGAGCAGAGAGGAAGAAGUAAUCAAACUGAAGGUCAGAAAAUGCCAAGUGGGAGGUCAGAAAGGUACACCGCCCCUCUUCUCCCACUCAGUCUCCAUCACACAUGCAAUGUUACAGUGCAGAGAGGCUACCAGUCUGAGGCUCGAUGCAUACUGGACCUUUUUGUGAGAGGGGGGAAAAGUCUUCGAUCAGCCGAACAAUUUGGCAUUUUCGGGCGUACCUCCGCAUCCAUCCAGGAGGAGAGGAGAAGAAAGAGGCACAGAGACUAGUGCAGCACUCCACAGGUAGACCCUGGCCUCUGUAAAGAUGGCUGACUCGGACCACAGUGGCCUAACAUUAACAAGUCCCAGCUUAUCAGUGCCCUGUUCUCCGGCCACAUCGAGGAAUGACUGCAGCAUCACGCCACUCACACCGUCACCCUCGCCGAGGGCGGAGGUCAGACCCAGGAUGACUUGUCCCUUCCUGGUUGUUGUGGCGAUAGACUUUGGGACAACCUCAAGCGGUUAUGCUUUCAGCUUCACACAGGACUCUGAAGCCAUCCACAUGAUGAAGCGUUGGGAGGGCGGGGACCCCGGUGUAGCCAAUCAGAAGAGCCCAACGUGUCUGCUGCUGACUCCUGAAUUGCGCUUCCACAGUUUCGGGUUUGUGGCGAGGGACUUUUACCAUGACUUGGAUCCAGACGAAGUCCGGCAUUGGCUGUACUUCGAUAAGUUCAAGAUGAAGAUCCAUAGUACUUGUGAUCUCACCAUGGAGACUGAGCUGGAGGCCGUCAACGGUCGGAGAGUCCGAGCCAUCGAAGUGUUCGCUCACGCUCUGCGGUUCUUCAGGGAGCAUGCUGUGAAGGAGGUUAAGGAGCAGUCCUCGCGCGUGAUAGAGGGGGAGGAGAUCCGAUGGGUGAUCACAGUUCCCGCCGUGUGGCGACAACCUGCCAAGCAAUUUAUGAGAGAGGCUGCAUACCUGGCCGGUCUGGUGUCCCCCAACUGUCCCGAGCAGCUCCUCAUUGCUCUGGAACCAGAGGCGGCCUCCAUUUACUGUCGCAAGCUCCGCCUCCACCAGGUAACCGACCUCAGCCAGCAGCCAAUCACAAAUGGGAUGGACGCCAAUGGAUCGCGGCCCUUUGACUCCAGCUUCAGACGAGCCAGGGAGCAGCUGCGGCGGUCCAGACACAGCAGGAUCUUCAUGGUGGAGAGUGGAACCGGAGAACUGUGGUCCGAGCUCCAGACGGGUGACAAGUACAUCGUAGCAGACUGCGGCGGAGGAACCGUCGACCUGACAGUGCAUCAAAUUGAGCAGCCUCAGGGGACACUUAAAGAACUCUACAAGGCCUCAGGCGGUUCGUAUGGAGCUGUUGGCGUGGACUUGGCCUUUGAGGCCAUGCUCUGCCAGAUCUUUGGUGAGGACUUCAUCCAGAGCUUCAAAGAUAAGCGACCGGCCGCCUGGGUGGACCUCACUAUCGCAUUUGAGGCCAGGAAGCGGACGGCGGCCCCGGGCAGAGCCAACGCCCUCAACAUCUCCCUGCCCUUCUCUUUCAUCGACUACUACAAGCGGCACCGAGGGCACAGUGUGGAGGCUGCCCUGAGGAGGAGCAACAUGAACAUUGUCAAGUGGUCGUCCCAGGGAAUGCUGCGACUCACCCAGGAGGCCAUGAACGAGCUCUUCCAGCCCACCAUCUCCAACAUUGUCCGACACAUCGAUGAGCUGAUGUGCAAGCCAGAGGUGAUUGGAGUGCGUUUCCUCUUCCUGGUGGGCGGUUUUGCAGAGUCGCUCAUGCUGCAGAGAGCGGUCCAAAAAGCGCUGGGACGCACCUGCCGCAUCAUCAUCCCCCAUGAUGUGGGUCUGACCAUCCUGAAGGGGGCUGUGCUGUUUGGGCUGGACCCCACAGUGGUGCGAGUGCGUCGAUGCCCACUGACAUACGGCGUUGGAGUCUUGAACCGCUUUGUGGAGGGUCGCCACCCACGGGACAAGCUCCUCAUCAAGGAUGAGCGGGAGUGGUGCACCGACAUCCUGGACCGCUUCGUGUCCGUGGAUCAGUCGGUGGCUCUGGGCGAGGUGGUGAGGAGGAGCUACACGCCGGCUCGCCGUGGCCAAAGGAAGAUCAUCAUCAACAUCUAUUGCAGCACCACGGAUGAUGUGACGUACAUCUCUGACCUGGGGGUCAGGAAAUGCGGGAUGAUGACUUUGGACCUGCCUGAGCAGGCAUCUCCAGCGGGAGCAUCAGGGCCAGCAGGAGUAGGACAGGUGCGCAGGGAGAUCAGGGCCAGCAUGCAGUUUGGCGACACAGAAAUCAAAGUCACAGCCAUGGACGUCAUCUCCAAACGCUCAGUCAAGGCUUCCAUUGACUUCCUGUCUAACUGAAGGAUCAAAACACUUUCUACAAACUGGCACUUAAAAAAAAUAAUCCAAAUAGAAUCAAAUAAUUUGUAGAGUGAUAUAGCAAAAUACUGUACAUCCUGUGCAGUGCUUCUCAACGUCAGCUUACCUCAUUUUAUUCCAAGUCUGCAUUCUCAUUGCUGUUGGACCAAUCAGUGGCAUAAAGUAUUAACUACAAGAAUGUAAUAUUUCAUAGGCAGCCAUCGCUUUCAAUAAUGUUUCAUUUUUGUUAGGGCUUAUCAAUUGCUACAAGUGGCAUACAUCAAAGAACUUGAUUUAUAUUUUCCAUAGUAGAUUGUCUUUUGAAGCAAGACAUGUUCCAUAAUUAGCGCUGCUGUCUGGGUGAUGUUAAAAGAACACAAAAGGAGCAGGAAAGUAACUUCUUAAUCUGUGCAUUUAUUGUUAAGUUUGUUCCAAUAAAUAUGAGAGCACUU